ACCACAACCUCCGGCGAAAAUGGACGUGCGUGAAUCAAUCUCUAUGCAAAACCAAGUCUCAAUGAAUCUCGCCAAACAUGUAAUCACCACCGUCUCCAAAAACUCCAACGUCGUCUUCUCUCCGGCGUCAAUCAACGUCAUCCUCAGUAUAAUCGCCGCUGGAUCCACCGGCGCUACAAAGGAUCAGAUCCUCUCGUUCCUCAAAUUCUCUUCCACUGAUCAGCUUAAUUCAUUUUCCUCCGAUAUCGUCUCCGCUGUUCUCGCUGACGGUAGUGCUAACGGUGGUCCUAAGCUCUCGGUGGCUAAUGGUGUAUGGAUCGAUAAGUCUCUUUCCUUUAACUUAUCUUUCAAGAAACUUCUGGAAGAUUCGUAUAAAGCUGCUUCGAAUCAAGCUGAUUUUCAAUCGAAGGCUGUGGAAGUGACUGCUGAAGUGAAUUCAUGGGCUGAAAAGGAGACAAAUGGCCUCAUCACUGAGGUUCUUCCAGAAGGAGCAGCUGAUAGUAUGACCAAACUGAUAUUUGCAAAUGCAUUGUACUUCAAAGGAACAUGGAACGAGAAAUUUGAUGAGUCGUUAACGAAAGAAGGCGACUUUCACCUUCUUGACGGUAACAAAGUGACUGCACCAUUCAUGACCAGCAAGAAGAAACAAUACGUAAGCGCUUACGAUGGGUUCAAAGUAUUAGGACUUCCUUACUUACAAGGACAGGAUAAGCGACAAUUCUCCAUGUACUUUUAUCUUCCCGAUGCAAACAACGGAUUGUCUGAUCUACUGGACAAAAUAGUCUCUACUCCUGGGUUCUUAGACAGCCACAUUCCACGCAGACAAGUUAAAGUCGGCGAAUUCAAGAUUCCAAAGUUUAAAUUCUCUUUCGGGUUCGACGCUUCAAAUGUUUUAAAAGGAUUAGGACUAACUUCGCCGUUCAGCGGUGAAGACGGUCUAACUGAGAUGGUUGAAUCUCCAGAAAUGGGGAAGAAUCUAUGCGUAUCAAACAUUUUCCAUAAAGCGUGUAUCGAAGUGAACGAAGAAGGAACAGAAGCUGCAGCUGCAUCGGCUGGAGUUAUAAAACUAAGAGGUUUGGUUAUGGAAGAAGAUGAGAUAGAUUUUGUUGCAGACCAUCCGUUUCUAUUGGUGAUCACAGAGAACAUAACAGGAGUGGUUCUGUUCAUUGGCCAAGUUGUUGAUCCGUUGCAUUAAAACUAAUGUGGAAGCUUUUUGUUCUACUUCAAAAUAAAUGUGAGUCAUUGGUUUUGAGGACUCAUCUUUUUGUUACAUCCUUUGUGUUGUUGACUUUGAUGUGUGUAAUAAUAAUACAUAACAACCUUCGUU